AUGUGGAAACCUGGAACUCAGUGUGUUGCCAAGGGCGACCACACCAAGGUGAAAACUGGAGAAAUAGCCUAUCACAAAGGUGACAUCCUCACGGUUUUAGAGGCGAGACAGGGGAAAGGGGUUUACCUGGUCAGACAUAACAGGACAGGGGAAGAGGGUCUGAUCACAGCCUCUAACGUCAGAGAGCGGGAAGCUAUCCGCGUCGACCGGAGUCUGAGCCUGAUGCCAUGGUUCCACGGGAAGAUAUCCGGGCCAGAGGCGGUGAAUAAGCUGAAGCCCGUGGAGGAUGGGCUGUUUCUGGUCCGCGAGUCCAUCCGGCACCCCGGGGACUACGUCCUCUGCGUCAGCUUCGGCCAGGACGUCAUUCACUACAGAGUCAUCUACAAGGACAAAAAACUCACCAUCGACAACAAACAGUUUUUCUACAACCUCAUCGAUAUGAUUGAGUUUUACUCUAAGGACAAGGGAGCCAUUGCUACCACGCUGAGACGGCCCAAAGAAAAAGAAGGAACCAAGUCGGCCCAUGUAGAGCUCUCCAAAACGGGUUGGCUUCUUGAUAUUUCUAAGCUGACAAUUGGAGGCAGUAUUGGAGAGGGAGAGUUUGGAAUGGUGUGUGAGGGCGAAUACAUGGGCCAGAAAGUGGCAAUAAAAAACAUCAAAUGUGAUGUUACUGCUCAGGCCUUCCUGGACGAGACCUCUGUCAUGACAAAGCUACAGCAUAAGAACCUGGUACGGUUGUUAGGAGUCAUUCUACACAAUGGUCUUUAUAUCAUCACUGAGCUGAUGGAAAAGGGGAGUCUGGCCAACUUCCUUCGCACCCGAGGACGCUCUGUGAUCACUGCCAGCCAGCUGCUGUGUUUUGCCCUAGACGUGUGUGAGGGUAUGGAGUAUCUGGAGUCUAAGAAGCUGGUCCACAGGGAUUUGGCGGCACGGAAUGUUUUGCUGUCAGAUGAUGACGUGGCAAAGAUCAGUGAUUUUGGAUUGGCCAAAACCGUCACCAAAUCCCUGGAUAACGCCAUGCUGCCGGUGAAAUGGACCGCCCCAGAAGCCCUGAAAAAAGAGAAAUUCUCCACGCGUUCAGACGUUUGGAGUUAUGGGAUCCUUCUGUGGGAGAUAUUCUCCUAUGGCAGACAGCCCUACCCUAAGAUGUCUGUGCAGGAGGUGAAGGAGAAGGUGGAGCAGGGAUAUCGAAUGGAGGCGCCGGAGAAAUGCCCCCCCGGCGUGUACGCCCUUAUGAGUGAAUGCUGGGACGCCGACCCGAAAAAAAGGCCGGCGUUCCACAAACUGCGGGGCAAGCUGGAGGAUGUCAUUACAUCUGAGGUUUUGUCAGACUGA